CCUGAGAUCAUGACCUGAGCCGAAGGCAGAGGCUUAACCCACUGAGCCACCCAGGCACCCCAAACUUGGGCAAUCAAGGAAGGUGAAAUGUACCCAUUUGUAUAGAUUGUGGAAGAAAAUCAAAGAAAAGUGGUACAGUCCAGUAAAAUUACUUUUAAUCUGCUUCACCUCCACAUAAUUUGAUUUUCGUACCUCUGGGAGCUCUGGCUUCAUAACACAGCCCUAGUGGUUUCCAUCUAUGCCUCCCAACCCUUCCCUGCCUUCAUUCCAGAUACUUCCAUCCUCUUUGUGCUCCAGCCAUGCUGUGCUCCUCAAACACUCCCACUCUCCUUUGUGAGUUUUCCCCUGGGCUACACAGCCCUCGUUUAACCCUGACUGACGGACAGGCUCAGUGAGCUCACCCACAUCCAGUGGCCCCAGAAUCUGAGGAGGCAGAGGAAACACUUGUGUGUAAGGAGCCCUGGUGCAUCUACUGCCAGGGUGUUUCACAGCAAACCUGAAGCUUGUCAUUUUCUCUGAAUCACACAUCCCAGACUACUAAGGACACGGUGCCAUUGUUCUACCUCAUAGGACUGGUAAGAACUAGGUGUCAUCAACUGUUCAGUCCAGAUUCAAAUGUUCCCAGUUGUUUCAACAGUGAGUGUUUGGAUCAGGAUUUAACACAACAAACUACCUUAAAAUGUAAUUGUAAUGGCUUGAAACAGUCAUUAUUUCUCUCAAACCUGUGAGUGGGCUGGGCUGGCCAGUUGGGGAUGAAUGGUAGAGGGUGCCCUCACAUCUGGCAGGCAGCUAGGAAAGCAAGAAUGAUGCAGCAAGAUUGCACCCAUCAAUGUGCGAGCACUUGUCAUUCUGCCCGGGUUGCCUUGUCCCAUCUCACUGGCCAGAGCAGAUGGCACGAGCACCCUUGCCUGAGUGUGGGGCGCCACCCAGCAGCAUGGGGACAGACAGGAAUGAACUGGAGCUGUUACGGCAGUUGUCCACAAUAAAGGCCCUGUUCUGUUCGCCUUUUGGGUCUUUUUUAUUCUAGAGCAGUAUCUGUUGCUGACUUUUUUUAUGCCCCACGCUGGAUCUGGUUGACUUUCCCCAUAGAAGCGGUAUGUGUGUCCCAGAUGGGAACAGUGGCCCUGGACACAGCCAUGUGCCAGGCUUCUGUGGCUCUGCCCUGACCCUAGACAUGGAGAGGAGGGCAGGUGAAUCGGGCUCUGGGCUUUGUGUUCCCAGAGCAAGAAGAUGGUUGGCAGUUAAGCUUGUGAGCGCAGCAUGCAGGCUGCGCGCAGUCUGGUUUCUGGUUAGGAAGCCCUCAGUGCUGCUGCUCCCUAGAGUACAUGCCCAGAUGGUUCUAAGAACCUGUACGUCAGUUCUCAGGACCCCUGCUGUCCCGCUGUGGUGCUCAGCAUCAUGGACGCUCAGUCAAGUUAGUAUUUAGUAGGACUGAAUCAGCGAAAAGCUAACCAGACAGCCCCAAAAGGGUGGGUCGUUAACCGCCAACGGGACAAAUGACGAGGAGGGAGGGAGGGAGAGUAGUUAAAAACCUAAGAAUAAACCGCAGAGGAAGCAGAAGUGUUGCGUAGAUCCUAUUCUGUGCGUGCAUGUGUAGGUUUCAGGUCACAGUGUAAAAAGUCUAUUUCUUUUUUACUGGCUUUAAAUGUAUUGAAAUUCACAUAAAAGUAACCAUUUUAAAGUAUAUUCACAGUGUUCCACCGCCACGCCCGUCUGGUUCCAGCAAAAAUUGGGACAUUUCUGAACCUGGAUCAGUGUCCAUUUUUUCCGGACUUUUUUGAUCUAUACCAAGCAGCUGAUCUACCUGAAGAAAAGCAUGGGCACUUGUCUUAGCUUGGGCUGCGAUCACGAAACACCACAAACUGGGCAGCUCUGACAACAGAUACUUCUUCCUUCCGCCUCUGGAAGUCUGGUAGCCUGAGGUCAAGGCACCCACCAGGCCGCAGACGCCAGACGCACACUCUGAGGUGGAAGAAGCCGGCUACCGACGACAGGGACCAUGGCAGCCAGCGCGAAGGGCAGCAAGUCUGAGCCAAACCACGUGAUUUUCAAGAAAGUCUCCCGGGACAAGUCGGUGACCAUCUACCUGGGGAAGAGAGACUAUAUAGACCAUAUUGAUCAAGUAGAACCUGUGGAUGGUGUCGUGUUGGUGGAUCCCGAACUUGUGAAGGGAAAGAAAGUGUAUGUGUCUCUGACCUGCGCCUUCCGCUACGGCCAGGAGGACAUUGACGUGAUCGGCCUGAGCUUCCGCAGGGACCUGUACUUCUCUCAGCACCAGGUGUUCCCACCUGUGGAGGCUACCCCUGCCCCCACAAAACUGCAGGAGAGCCUGAUGAAGAAGCUGGGAGGCAACACAUACCCCUUUCUGCUCAAGUUUCCUGAUUACUUACCCUGCUCGGUGAUGCUACAGCCCGCUCCGCAAGACGUAGGGAAGUGCUGUGGGGUCGACUUUGAGGUCAAAGCAUUCGCCAGAGACAGUGCAGAGGACGAAGAGGACAAAGUGCCCAAGAAGAGCUCCGUGCGUUUAUUGAUCCGGAAAGUACAGCACGCCCCAGCGAAGAUGGGUCCCCAGCCCCAGGCUGAGUCCUCCUGGCAGUUCUUCAUGUCAGACAAGCCCUUGCACCUGGCUGUCUCCCUCAACAAAGAGACCUAUUUCCAUGGGGAGCCCAUUUCGGUGACGAUUACCGUGACCAAUAACACAGAGAAGACAGUGAAGAAGAUUAAAGCAUUAGUGGAGCAAGUGGCCAAUGUGGUUCUCUACUCGAGCGAUUAUUACACCAAGCCGGUGGCCCAGGAGGAAACACAAGAAAAAGUGCUACCAAACAGCACUCUGACCACGACACUGACGCUGGUGCCCUUGCUGGCCAACAACCGGGAAAGACGGGGCAUCGCCCUGGAUGGGAAGAUCAAGCAUGAGGACACGAACCUUGCCUCCAGCACCAUAAUAAAGGAGGGCAUAGACCGGACUGUUCUGGGCAUCCUGGUGUCUUACCAUAUCAAAGUGAAGCUCACGGUGUCAGGCUUUCUGGGAGAACUCACCUCCAGUGAAGUGGCCUCUGAGGUGCCUUUCCGCCUCAUGCAUCCCCAGCCCGAGGACCCAGCAAAGGGAAGUUUCCAGGAUGAAAAUUUGGUUUUCGAGGAGUUUGCUCGCCAAAAUCUGAAAGACUCAGGAGACCCCGAGGAAGGGAAGAAAGACCAGGAGGCCGGAGAUGAGUGAAGAAGAUGCUGGGAAUUGGGGUGGUUCACAGCCCGGAUGAGCCACGCUCCACAGUUAGCCCUUUAGUUAUGCUAAAUACCAAAGUGUGAGUCUUCUCCACAGAAAUAAAGUUUGUUCUGCUGCGA